GGCCCAUCGAAUUUUUUUUAGAAUAAGGAAUCGGGAUGAUUUCGGCAGUAUAUAUAUGGCCAGAAAACCGUUAUGUAGUCACAAUAAUCCAAACCUUCCAUCCUUUAGCAACAGGUUGAAAGACAGAUUUUUUAAUAUGAUUGCUUUGGCUUUAUUUUCCUGCCUUCUUGCUUACUGCUCUGCCCAGUACCCAUACAAUAAUGACCCACUCUGGAAUGUAAGACAACAACAACAACCAGUACAUCACCAACCUCAGCACCACCAACCUCAAAAUAACCAAGGAGCCAAUGCAGCACCCGUACAUUACGUCAGCAUUGGCCAACAGCUUCAAGGCGAUUACAAAUUCGGCUACAACACCGGAAACGGAAAUGAUGGCAGCUUCCGAGAAGAAACCCGUAAUCCCGAUGGAUCUGUUUCCGGAGCAUAUGGUUACAUCGAUGCUUCAGGAAAGCAGAAAAUCAUCAGAUACACUGCUGGAAAAGAUGGUUUCAAAGCCGAGGGAGAAGACAUUCCAAAAGCACCUCCUGCACCUCAACCUGUUGCUCCUCAACCUCAAUACCAACCACAGCCACAGUACAAUCCUGCUCCACAAUACAACCAAGCUCAACAAUACCAACCACAACCCCAGUACAACAAUUAUGUUCAGCCUCAACCAACCCACAACUACAACCAGUACACUCCACCACAACAGCAAUAUAACAACAACCAAGGUUCCUACAAUCCAUAUGCUCCUGGCCAAGCCUCUGGAAAUAAUAACCUGCUGUCUUACAACAUUGGAGGUAGCCAACAACCCAACCAAGGCCAUUACCAAGGUUGAAAUGUUUGGACUCUGAUGGUUUAAUAUCGAAAGCAUAAAAAAGGUUUUGCACAAGCAUUUAAUUGUCUAAUAUCUACAAGGAGCUACUAUUAAUUAUGAAUUAUAAGGUGAUAUACUUUACAGUUAAACGUUCUUAAGCCAUAUUUAAUAGUUUAAAAAAAUUCCUUAGUUGAUUUUAGACACCCUUAAGGUUGUUACUUUUCAGACUUAGUUUUAAAAUCUUUGAGUUAAACUAAUUCAAAAAAUUUAAGUGGAAGUUUGAAUUUAAAUGUAGAUAAAUUUGUUCCAAAGUCACAUUCAUAUUGUUCCACCAGUUAAAAUAUAUUUAUUAAACUCAUAACGUGUUUUUUUUUGUACGUCUUCUCUGUAAAUGAUUAUUAUCAUGUCAAAAUGAAAAGCAUGAUAAUUUAUUCCCAACCUUUUAUUUCAAAGUUUUUGAGAUUUGUAAACUUUU